AUGAACCCUGGAGAGGAGCGACAGCUCAUUCAGCAGAAGGGCCGAACAGCCAGCAUCCAGUACAGUGUGCGUGUGCGCUGUGACCGCCAUUACUACGGCAACAAGUGCAACAAACAGUGUCGCCCCCGAGAUGAUUACUUUGGCCAUUACACAUGCGAUCAGUUCGGCAAUCAGCAGUGCAUGGAGGGCUGGACUGGGUGUAAGUACGGCUGGCAGGGCCUACUGUGCGAUGAGUGUUUGCCGUACCCGGGCUGUGUGCAUGGCACUUGCGUGAAACCCUGGACCUGCACCUGUGAGAAGAACUGGGGAGGACUUCUAUGUGACAAAGAUUUAAAUUACUGCGGCACACACAAGCCCUGUGUAAAUGGAGGCACGUGUCUGAAUACAGAGCCAGAUGAAUAUUUCUGCUCCUGCCCUGAGGGUUACUCCGGCAAAAACUGUCAUAUCGCCGAGCAUGCGUGCAUGUCAAACCCAUGUGCAAAUGGCGGGACAUGUCAUGAGCUGGCUUCAGGGUUUGAGUGCCAAUGUCCCCCAGGGUGGGACGGCCCAACUUGUGCUAAAGACAAAGAUGAGUGCUCGUCAAACCCGUGCGCUCAUGCGGGGACCUGCUUUGAUCUGGAGAAUGGCUUUGAAUGUUUAUGCCUCCCACAGUGGACAGGCAAGACCUGUCAGAUAGAUGUCAACAGCUGUUACGGUCAGUGUCAGAAUGGAGGAACCUGUCAGGAUGGUCAUCAUGGUUACGUGUGCCAGUGCCAGCCAGGCUUCAUGGGAAGACACUGCGAAGUGCAGCAAAGCAGGUGUGCUAGCUCCCCUUGCCAGAAUGGUGGACACUGCCGUUCGCUAGCCACAGGUUAUGAGUGUGAGUGUCUGUACGGAUACACCGGAACCAACUGUGAGGUGCAGGUGGAUCUGUGCAGUCCAAACCCAUGUCAGAAUAAAGGCCAGUGUCAUUCUAUGAAGGGAGAUUUUUACUGUGCCUGCACAGAUGAAUAUGAAGGGAAGACAUGUAGUCAGCUACGAGACCACUGCAAAACCAGCACCUGCCAAGUGAUUGACAGUUGUACUAUUGCCGUGACAACCAAUGGCACAGCAAAAGCGGUUCGGCACAUCUUAUCAAAUGUGUGUGGUCCUCACGGGCGCUGCAUCAGUCAGUCAGGAGGGAACUUCACUUGUGCCUGCCAACCAGGAUUCACUGGGACAUACUGUCAUGAGAAUGUAAAUGACUGUGCAUCAUCUCCUUGUCAGAGCGGAGGAACAUGCAUUGAUGACAUCGACUCCUUUCGCUGUGUCUGUCCUGAUGGCUUUGAUGGGCAACUCUGUGAGCUGGAGGUGAAUGAGUGUAGCGGCGAGCCUUGUCUAAAUGGAGGUAUGUGCACCGAUCUGCUGAAUGAUUUCUAUUGUCGCUGCACUGACAACUGGAAAGGAAAGACGUGUAACUCACGAGACAGUCAGUGUGAUUCCAGUACAUGCGCUAAUGGAGGUACAUGCUAUGAUCAUGGAGACUCAUUCCGAUGUGCGUGUCCCUCUGGAUGGGGUGGCAGUACCUGUAACACAGCCAUGAACAGCUCGUGUGAAUCUGGUCCGUGUCUAAAUGGCGGGACUUGUAUUGGAGGGGGCAGCGUCUUCACCUGCAUCUGUAAGGAUGGAUGGGAGGGGCCUACCUGUGCUCAAGAUGUUGAUGACUGCAGCCCUCAUCCAUGUUAUAAUGGGGGACAGUGUGUGGAUGGGGUCAACUGGUUUCGCUGUGAGUGCGCACCUGGAUUUGCAGGACCUGACUGUCGAAUCAACAUAGAUGAGUGUCAGUCCUCUCCCUGUUCGUAUGGAGCCACAUGUGUGGAUGAGAUUAAUGGAUAUCGCUGUCUUUGCCCCAUGGGACGAGCUGGACCACGCUGCCAGGAGUUUAUUGGUGUUGGAAAGGCAUGCGAUCGCUCUGGGGUGAAGGCUAAUCAUGGUGAUCGCUGGGAGGAUGGGUGCAACAGCUGUCAGUGCAUGAACGGAAACAUCAGGUGCACUAAAGUGCAUUGUGGUCGUCAGCCCUGCUUGUUGCAGUCAGACUCUGGUGAGCCACAGCACCCCCUGUGUCCACUAGGACAGGAGUGUGUAGAGCAUCAUUUCCUGUCUUGCCUUCAUCCACCAUGCAAUCAUCUGGGUAUAUGCGCCACUCGUGAAGGUCUUCAGCCCAUCGGCACUCUGUGCCUACCCAACAACGGCUACCUAGACGACAACUGUGCUCGUGUUACGCUUGUAUUUGACUCAGACAGUGUCCCGCAGGGCACUACUGCUGAAGGAGUCUGCACAGAGCUAACGUAUCUGCCAAUCACACGAACUCUGGCUAAAGACCACACCCUUUCCAUUCUUUGCGACCAAUCACCUUCCAGCCAAAAUGCAGUGGAGGUUGCUAUGUCAUAUGAGCAAAACACCUUUGUUGAGGGACGAGCUCAGAUACAGGAUGUUGUCCGCUCCAUCAUUGAUGUUCUGUCCAAACCUCACAACAGCACGUUGCUGUUGGCUGUGAGAGAGGUCAGAGUUGACACUCAGGAUCCACAUCCCCAAAUCGGUUACCUCAUUCCGUUGCUGUGUGUGCUGUUUGUGGUAUUAUGGAUCUCAUGUGUCAUCGUCUGCGUGUGGUGGUUCAGGAGACGCUGGAAAGCGAGACAAAGAGAGGACACGCAGAUAGAGGAGAGCAUCAACAACCAGCGCGGGACACUACUGAGCACUCACACGCCUCACAAAGACAACACAGACCCGCUGCAGGAGAACAAGAACCUGCUUUACCCUCUGGAUCGGGUUGGAGACGGAGCAGAGCGAGAGGAAGAGGAGGAAGAAGGAGAUGAAGAGAGCGACAGAGGGCUGGUUCUGCAUAAGUGCUCAUCUCGUGCGUACACUAAAGGGGACGCAGUGUACACUAUUCACACUACAGCCCAAAAUCAGCCAAACAGGACACACUGCAGCAGCAAAGACAACCGCUGCAAGAACAAUGUGAAUGAGAGUUUAAGCGAGCACAUGAAAGAUCAUUACGUAUGAAAGAACCAGACAAACUGGACAAAAAUAUAAGUAUUUUUUUGCUGAUCUAAAAGCUUUUGGGCUUGUGCGAUUGGUGUUUUUCAUCCUUUUUUCAUCAUUUGGUAGUCAAAUGAAACAGGGAUUUGUGUCAGCAAAUGAGACAUUCAAAGAAUGGUUUUUCUUUUGUUUACACUUCACUCUUUUUCCUUAAAAAGUAGGAAAUUUUUACACAAAGCUGAACUUUGAGAUUAUGUCUGUGAACUAUGGCGCGACCUUUGACCCUUGGGGCUAAGGAGGAAUCAGCGAUAGGCAGCUUUAAAGUGUUUUUGAUUAUGUCCAGACCUGCCCAAAGUCAAGUGUUAGAAGCCGUUAAAUCUUGCAGAGGUAUAUAUACACAAGUGUCUCAUUGAACCUUCAUGAUAGCGCUUACCUUGUAUAUACAUUUCACAUAAUAAUACAUAUAUGUUGGUUCUUGUUUUUGUUAACAAAUUCUAUUGACACACUUAAAUGGGUAGUUCACCCAAAGGAAGAUUCAGUCAUCAUUUACUCACCCUCAUGUCAUUCCAAACCCGUAUGACUUUUUUCUUCUGUAUAACACAAGUUACAUAAGAGUGGAGGAAGUCACUAAAGAACUGGAGCUUUCAAGCUUCAAAAGUGAUGCAAAAGCACCAUAAAAGUAUCAUAAGUGUAUCAUAAAAUUGAUCUGUUAUAUUCCAAGUCACAGACCAAAAUAUACGUCAUUAUUCACUAAUAGCUCUUCUUUUGUUGAGCUGUUUACCUGUUGUCAGUGAGUGAAAACCAGAUCAUUCAGAGUUAAACUGGAUCAACUGAUUCAUUGAAAAGCUCCAACUCAAAAUAAUCGUUUGUUCAUGAAUCAGAAAAUCUCUAACACUCUCAACAAGGAGAUUAAGGGUGAUUAUAUCAAUAUUAUGUGAAUAAUGUCUGAAGUUUGUCCUUCACACAAAUCUGUUUUAUGACAUCAGAAGACUUUUUAAAGAGCUUUACAGCCUCAGUCCUCAUUCAUUUUUGUUACACAGAAAAGAGAAUGAAACAACAUUUGGAACGACAUGAGGGUGAGUAAAUGAUGACAAGUUUAAUUUUUCGGUGAACUAAGAUACUAAGUAUAAAAGGUUUACUGUUUUAUAUUGAAAUUCACCUUCUUUGGGAAUUGGUACUUAUAGUCCAGACAGUAUGAGUAUUUUGACUGAUAAAGUCUCACUCAGCUCUUGAUGGUUAGAAAUUAUUGGUCAGUUUUUUUCCCCGUUUUUUUUCAAGUGACAGCCAUAUAAACAGAACAGUCAUGAUGUAAAGAAUCAAGGGCCACUUCAGUCAGUGCUUGUGUUGUCGCAAAACACUUGGGUUUUUGGUCACACAGUAGGAGACAAUGAUUUAAAUUGUUUAAUCACUGAGAGAUAGUUUAUUAUAUUGAAAACAAAUAUUCAUAUGUACAUAUGUAAAUAGUGGAAAAAGACAGCUGUGUAUAUUCGAGUUUAGUAAGUUAUGUGACACCUUUUUAUCAUUGUCAUUCUUAGAAUUAUUACUUUUUCUUAUUCUCUCCUUUAGUCGCUCUCCUUUUCAACAGUGUCAUUCCUUUUAUUUCUGUUGGUCAGAAAAUGUUUUAUAUAUAAAUACGUAAUAAAAUGGCCACAGGUUGGUAGUCUAUCUGUGGAGACAAAAAAAUACUUUAAACAAUAGAUGAUCUAUCUUCAUGUUAGAAUAGAUUUUCUGUGUUGUUUUUAUGACUUUCCUAAUGAAUGUCGACUAAGGAUUGGACACAUGCUGAAAGAAUGUUUUGCCACUGAUCAAAUGCUGACUUCUUCUGAAGGUCUACAGUACUUCAUUGGAGAAAGACUCAAAGACUUCAAAGAAAUAUGCUGCAUGUUUGAGUGGCACUUUGUUUCCUUGGAAAAUUCCAACACCAGCAUUUUGGAUGUUGGAAGAUUUUGGAAGAUUUUU